AUGGAUAAAGGUUCCUUCAAAUAUAUUUGUGACAAAGUCUCGCCAGAAAUGCCACCAUCCGAAUAUUCUGUGCAAGAGGCUCUUUCUGUAGAGAUGAAAGUAGCCAUAGCUAUAUACAAAUUGGCUUCUUGUGCGGAAUACAAAGUUGUUGGAAAUCAGUUUAGAGUUCACAAGGCAACUGUGAAAAAUUGUGUUUACCAAUUUGGCCGAGCAAUGGUAAACACCCAACUGAACGAAGAAAUAAAACUUCCAAAUGAAGAGCAGUCAAUUGCUAUAAUCCAAGGAUUUGAAGAAAAAAGCGGAGUGUCUCAAAUUUUGGGAGCAAUCGAUGAUACUCACAUACCAGUAAAACCACUCGCGGAAGGAUGUGCAGAUUAUAUUAAUAGAAAGGGAUGGCCAUCGAUGGUGUUGCAAGCAGUAGUGGAUUGCAAUUAUUUAUUUUUGGAUAUAUGUUGCAAGCAUCCAGGAUCGGUUCAUGAAUCAUGA